GGUGUCAGAGCCCGGCGAGCGCUGGCAGUUCCGCGGCGGGGAUGCUGGGGAGCGCUGGCUUGGCGGGCGGCCGUGGCCACUGCGGACUUCCGAGGCACUCCGGGCCGUGAAAACCCCAGGGCCGCGGCCAAUCCCCGACUCCCGAGGCCAUUCAGCCUUCCAGGAGCCGGCCGACGGGAGAGUCCGGCGGAGGAGCGCCCGUUCGCGGGUUCUGGGCUCUCGGAGCGUUCUGGAACCCCGAGAGACUCCCCGGGGCUCUAGGACCUCCCCAGCGGCCCCUAGCCCCGGCUUCCUGGGUGCGUGCGUGCCCGCCCGCCUCGGGUGCCCGGCGAGCCGUGGCCAGAUCCUGGCACACACCAUGAUCGUUGCAGACUCCGAGUGCCGCGCAGAGCUCAAGGGCUACCUGCCGUUCGCCCCGGGCGGCGGCGGCGGCGGCGGCGGCCCCGGGGCGGGAGAGGAGCAGAGGGAAAGCCGGGCUCGGCGAGGCCCCCGAGGGCCCAGUGCCUUCAUCCCAGUAGAGGAGGUCCUUCAGGAGGGAGCUGAGAGCCUGGAGCAGCACCUGAGGCUAGAGGCACUGAUGUCCUCUGGACGGGUGGACAAUCUGGCAGUGGUGAUGGGCCUGCACCCUGACUAUUUUAGCUGCUUUUGGCGUCUGCACUACCUCUUGCUGCACACAGACGGGCCCCUGGCCAGCUCCUGGCGCCACUACAUUGCCAUCAUGGCUGCCGCCCGCCAUCAGUGUUCUUACUUGGUGGGUUCUCACAUGGCUGAGUUUCUGCAGACGGGUGGUGACCCUGAGUGGCUACUUGGUCUCCAUCGUGCUCCCGAGAAGCUACGCAAGCUCAGUGAGAUCAACAAGUUGCUGGCACACCGGCCAUGGCUCAUCACCAAGGAACAUAUCCAGGCCUUGCUGAAGACAGGCGAGCACAGCUGGUCUCUGGCAGAGCUCAUCCAGGCACUGGUCCUGCUCACCCACUGCCAUUCACUGGCCUCCUUUGUGUUUGGCUGUGGCAUCCUCCCUGAGGGGGACUCAGAGGGCAGCCCUGCCCCCCAGGCACCUUCACCCCCCAGUGGGCAGAGUAGCCCACCCAGCAGGGACCCAAUGAACAACUCUGGGGGCUUUGAGGCUGCCCGAGACGUGGAAGCUUUGAUGGAACGCAUGAGGCAGCUCCAGGAGAGUCUGUUACGGGAUGAGGGAGCAUCCCAGGAGGAGAUGGAGAGCCGCUUUGAGCUGGAGAAGUCAGAGAGCCUUCUGGUGACUCCCUCAGCCGACAUCCUGGAGCCUUCUCCACACCCAGACAUGCUGUGCUUUGUGGAGGACCCGACUUUUGGAUAUGAGGACUUUACCCGGCGAGGGGCUGAGGCGCCCCCCACCUUCCGUGCCCAGGAUUAUACCUGGGAAGACCAUGGCUAUUCACUGAUCCAGCGGCUUUACCCUGAGGGUGGGCAGCUGCUGGAUGAGAAGUUCCAGGCAGCCUAUAGCCUUACCUACAACACCAUUGCCAUGCACAGUGGAGUAGACACCUCCAUGCUCCGAAGGGCCAUCUGGAAUUACAUCCACUGUGUCUUUGGGAUCAGAUAUGAUGACUAUGACUACGGGGAGGUGAACCAGCUCUUGGAACGGAACCUCAAGGUCUAUAUCAAGACGGUGGCCUGCUACCCAGAGAAGACCACGCGAAGAAUGUACAACCUCUUCUGGAGGCACUUCCGCCACUCAGAGAAGGUCCACGUGAACUUGCUGCUUUUGGAGGCCCGUAUGCAGGCUGCCUUGCUCUACGCCCUCCGUGCCAUCACCCGCUACAUGACCUGACUCCAAGCAGGAUCUGGGCCCAGAGCAACUGACCCUGGGGGCAUCCUCCUCCCUGCAAGGACUUCUCUGUCUGGAGACAGACCCUGAUCCCUUUCUGUCCCAGGCCUCCCACCCCACGCUGGAGGUGGGCUUGUGUAUGACGUGCAGCCCCUGAGCUGUCCCCUCUCUUCUUCUCACUGGAAUGGACAGGAUCAUUGCACUGACUCUGGGACCUCAGUUCUGCCCCUGGGAGCUGGAAGAGGACCAGCAGAUCCCAAGGGACCAUGCCCUUCUUCCCGUCCCUGACCCCAGAGGCAGAAGGCACAAGAAGGGAAAUGAACUGAGCUCAUUUAUGUGCCAGCAGCCUGGGCCACGGGCAUCACAAGUAUGGUGGCCUUCCUGGACUGGGAAGUCCCUGGCUGGCCCCUGAAGGAGAGGGGGCAAAAUCUCCAGGGGCUGACACUCCAAGCAGCUUUGCCUUUCCUCCUCCUCCCUCACUCCCAGAUUUCAUUUCCUCCCACCUGCCAUUCACCCGUCAAUGUGAAACUCAGUGUCACAGCUGGUCUGUGUGUUUGGCUCCCCGAGAGCCUGUUCUUUCGGGCAGCCUGAAGGCCCCUUUUCCCUAGUUAUCCUGAUCCUGCUUUAGCUCCUUUGACCUCCCCUUACCCACCCCUGUUCCCCUUCUCUCCCAUACCUGGUGGUGGGAGGCCCCAUAAGAGAGACCAAGCACAUCAAAAAAGUAGAUUAUCUCUAGAGGGUUUGGGUCUUCUGUGGGUCCCUUUGCCUUCUGAAGAGGAGGGAGUAUUAGCAAUUCUCUGUAUUUCGGUUCUUUAAGGGGAACGUUCUCAGGACCACACCUCUAUAGCCACAGUCAAUGCCUGAGAGGAGGGGCACAGGGAGAAAUCUCCCCAGAACUGGGCCUGCUCUGCAGGUAGUGGCACCCCACUCUCCAACCUCCCACGGCUCUGCUACAGACAUUUCCCACCAAGUGAGCCUUUCUAGAUGGUUUCAGAGGCAGGGGUUCAGGGGGAGAGUCAGGAGACGCCAGGGUUUUUGUUUGGGUCCUGCUCAAACUGACCUGUGUGACCAUAGCUACGUUGCCAAACCUUUUUGACCUCCGUUUAUAUAGUUGCAACGGAGGGCUGAGACUUUCUGUGAUGUCUGAGUCUACUCUGGGCUUUGCAGGCCGACCUGCCAGCAGCAAACUGCAAAGCUUGCAGAAUCUCAAAGGCCUCUAGGGAUAGCCUGCCCCCUUGGCAGGCAGUCUCUCCUGGCUGCCUUCCUAGGACAGCCCCCCCAUCCGAACCCCCCAAUCCCAGUUUCUGUCCUUUCCUCGAUUUUAGGUGGAUUGCUUGGAGGCAGAAGCAGCCAAGGACCGAUCCCAGGCACUUUCUGUAGCAAAUAAGCUGUGAAUGGUGACGUCCCAUGCCCUUCUUCUGGCAGUAUGUGCCUCCUCUCUGACCAGUUUGGAGGUGACUGAAGAAAGGCGGGGGUCAUGCUGCUGCUGCUGCUUCUGACCCUCCUCUCUGGAGAGGGGCAAGAACGGAGCCUGGUCAGCGUGCCACAUUUCAAACCCAUGCAGGCAUGGGGAAGCGACUGGCACCCCCUUCCGGCCUCAGAGCCCUCCCUGCAAUGAAGUUGGGCAGGAGGGAAGAGGCCCCAGCAUUGGGGUUUGGAUUCUAGAAGGGACAUGAUGAGUCUGUAAAUGUCCCCCCGGGGGAUAGGGAGGGAUAUCUAGUGUUCAAGUGCAGAAAUCUUCGGCUUUGCUACCAGUUCUGUAUGAUGAAAAAUAAAAGUUCACUGAGGUUUUGUUUUGUA